CUCCCGCAUUCCUCAAACUCCUCCAUUACACAACUACCAUUAUACAGCCAUGGACGAAAUCGCACCAGAGUACGACGUCGUGGUCCUGGGAACAGGUCUCACCGAAUGCGUGCUUUCAGGUGUCCUUAGUGUCAAGGGCAAGAAAGUGCUUCACAUCGACCGCAACGACCACUAUGGCGGUGAGGCAGCAUCACUCAACAUCGAGGCACUAUUCAAGCGAUAUGGCCAGACCGAGGGUGAGCCGUGGAAGAAGUACGGCCGCGUAAAUGACUGGAACAUCGACCUGGUGCCCAAGCUCCUCAUGUCCAACGGUGAACUCACCAACAUCCUCGUGUCCACCGACGUCACCAAGUACCUCGAGUUCAAGCAGAUUGCAGGCAGCUUUGUACAACAGGGCGAUGGCGCCAAGGCGACCGUGGCAAAGGUUCCCUCAGAUACCACCGAGGCGCUAAAGUCUCCCCUCAUGGGUCUCUUUGAGAAGCGCCGCGCAAAGAACUUCCUAGAGUGGGUUGGUGGAUACAAUCUGGAUGACCCAGCGACACACAAGGGCCUUGACGUAAAGACAUGCACCAUGAAAGAUGUCUACGACAAGUUCGGCCUCGAGGCCACCACCCGCGACUUCGUUGGUCACUCCAUGGCUCUAUACCCUACCGACGACUACAUCACGCAACAGGGGCAGGCGAAUGAGGCCAUUCAGCGCAUCCGGCUCUACGUCAACUCCAUGGCGCGGUACGGAAAGUCGCCCUACAUCUACCCCCUUUACGGUCUCGGAGAGCUUCCCCAGGGCUUUGCUCGUCUCUCUGCCAUCUACGGCGGUACCUACAUGCUGAACACCGAUGUUGACGAAUUCCUAUACGAUGGUAACAAGGUUGUCGGCAUCAAGGCAACCAUGAAGGAGAAGGACGAUGCUGGUGAGGGCAUGAAGUUCGAGACCAAGGCGGGCAAGAUUCUCGCAGACCCCUCGUACUUCCCUGGCAAGGUCCGAGUUACCGGACAUUUGCUCAAGGCCAUUUGCAUUCUUAACCACCCAAUCCCUAACACCGGCGAUGCGGAUUCUCUGCAGCUGAUCAUCCCCCAGUCUCAGGUUGGCCGCAAGCACGACAUCUACGUCGCUGUCGUUUCGUCGGCGCACAACGUAUGCCCCAAGGGCUACUACAUCGCCAUUGUCUCCACCAUUGCCGAAGGUGACAGCAACCACCACCUUGAGCUCCAGCCAGGUCUCGACCGUCUCGGAAAGAUCGAGGAGAAGUUCAUGGGCCCAGCAAUUCCACUUUACGAGCCACUCGAGAGCGGUGCCAACGACAACAUCUUCUUGUCGAAGAGCUAUGAUGCCACCAGCCACUUUGAGACGACUACGGACGAUAUCAAGGAUAUCUACCAACGCGUAGAAGGCCAUGAGUUGGUUGUUGAGGGUCUGAGAGAGGGCGCCAACUUCAAUGUUGAAGAGUAGGCGGGACCACGACAUGAGAUGGAUGAGACAAGGAGCACCGGUCUUUUGAUACAUUGAUUAAGACUUUGUCGGGGCGGAGAAUUCCAUAGCAAUCAAGUGCAUUAACAACAA